CCAUGACCCUGACACGAGGAUCCUUCACCUACUCCAAUGGCGAAGAGUACCACGGAGAAUGGAAAGAAGGUUUGCGUCAUGGCCUGGGUCAGCUGACCUUUAGCGAUGGGACGUGCUACACUGGACAGUUUGAGAACGGCCUCUUCAACGGCUGCGGGGUGCUCCUCUUUCCUGAUGGCUCCAGGUAUGAAGGUGAAUUUGUGCAGGGGAAGUUCCAAGGUGCCGGCAUCUUCUCUCGCUUUGACGGCAUGAAGUUUGAGGGCGAGUUUAAAGGCGGAUGUGUGGAUGGCUACGGAGUGCUGACAUUCGUGGAUGGUGGCCAUGGUGGAGGAGGAGGAGGCAGCCAUGAGGGCCUGUUUGAGACCAACCAGCUGAUGAGGAGAGCCAGCAGCCAUGGAGCCGUCCAGAGGGCACAGGCGACAGCUGCCAAAGCCCGAGCUCUGGCUAUGUGACCUGGACCGCACCACUCACAGUGCCCCGGUACCAGGAUCGUCCUCCCACCAUCCUCCUCUGGGUUUGACCUGCUGGGUACAUAUUCUCCUCCAUUCUGAUGUCUGACUCUGCUGACACUC